UCUUCUUUUUAUUGUCCCUAUUUGAUGAUUAAAAUAUUUUAAAAAUGAAUUCAAAAAAAAAUUAUUUUUUUGUCUCCCUUCUUUCUCUCUCGCAUUAACUUGUUUAGAAAAAAAUUAAAUUAAAUUCUAUAUAUUGUCUAUUAAAAAAAAUUUUUUUGAGGAAUAAAAGUAAAAACUUGGUCUAUAUUUUCUCUUGCUUCAAGCACACAAGUGUUUUGAUCACUUUUAAAUUUUUUUUCUAAUUAAAAAAAAUUUUUUUUAAAGGUUAGAAAUUUAUCUUUUAAUGAAAUCAAACAGGUUUAUAAUUUCAAGUUUAUUUUUGUUCGGAUUAUGUUUACUUCUCAGCUUUUCAUUUUUGUUAAUUUUUACUGGAGCUUCUACAUAUUCUUGUAAAUCGCCUACUGGUGCUGAUGUUGACUGGUUCGUGGCCUUCAAAUUACCCAAUUCAAUUUCUAAUGGAACGUCCUUUCUUUAUGCCGAUUCUAAAAAUGGUCAAGAUUGGACAUUAUCUAAAGCUAAUAUUGAAGAUGAAACUUCAGCAAUUGGUCGAAUAAUACUCCAAAUAUUUGAGGCUAAAAAGGCAAAGACUGAUUUGAUUGCUUUAUAUAAUGAUGAAAAUCCAAAUGAUGGAAAACCUGAUUCUGGACGAGCACAUAUGAAGGUUUACAUAAAUUAAUUAAAAGGAAAUGUGUCGUUUAUGUAGAAUCUGUCGAUGAGGAUCAUCCUGAAGUGUUCAUUUUAAGGGACCAUCAAGAAAAGAUAUGUUUAGAGGUAAAAUAUUCUGAUAAAAUAUUUCAUCCUGAAGUGUUCAUUUUAAGUGACCAUCAAGCAAAGAUAUGUUUAGAGGUAGA